CACUUUAUAUAAAGCUUACUUGUGUCCAAAAAUCUCACAUCUCCGGCGCAAUUUUUAACAGAGAAAGGCAACCAUGGGUAUAUCUCGUGACUCAAUCCACAAGAGGCGUGCCACUGGAGGCAAGCAGAAGGGAUGGAGGAAGAAGCGAAAGUACGAGAUGGGAAGGCAGCCAGCAAACACCAAGUUGUCCAGCAACAAGACGGUCAGAAGAAUCCGUGUUCGUGGAGGUAACGUCAAGUGGCGUGCGUUGAGGCUUGAUACUGGUAACUACUCCUGGGGAAGUGAAGCUGUUACUCGCAAGACCAGAGUCCUUGAUGUGGUCUACAAUGCUUCCAACAACGAGUUGGUUCGUACCAAGACUCUUGUGAAGAGUGCCAUUGUUCAGGUUGAUGCCGCUCCUUUCAAGCAGUGGUAUCUCCAGCACUAUGGUGUUGAGGUUGGUCGCAAGAAGAAGACUGUUCCUUCCGCUGCCAAGAAAGAAGGAGAGGAUGGUGAGGAUGCUGCUCCAGCUGCCGCUGCACCUGAGGAGGUGAAGAAGAGCAACCACGUCCAGAGAAAGAUUGAGAGCCGUCAAGAAGGUCGUAGCCUUGAUUCCCACAUUGAGGACCAGUUUGCAAGUGGGCGUCUGUUGGCUUGCAUCUCAUCAAGGCCUGGCCAGUGUGGAAGAGCUGAUGGAUACAUUCUUGAGGGUAAAGAAUUAGAAUUCUACCAGAAGAAGAUCCAGAAGAAGAAGGGAAAGGGUGCUGCUUAAAAGCUUGUUCCUUGCCUGAAACCUUUUGUUUUCUUCAAACAUGUUUUGAGUUUUCAUUUUGUAAUACUGUCCGAGAACUUAUGUUUUUGGAUUAGCUUGACAUCAUUUAUCGUAAUACUCCCAUCCUUUAUUGUGGUGCAAUAUUUUGUGAUUUA